GGGGCCGCGCUCGGGGGCGCGCAGCAGCAGCGGCAGCGCCCGCCCUCGGCCCGCGCCCCGCCGGCAGCGCCCGCAGAGCCGCGCCGAGACACCGCCCGCCCGCCGCGAGGGAGCGGCGGCACCGCCGGCCCCCUCCGCCCCUCCUCCUUCUCCUCCGCCUUCUCCUCCGCCUCCUCCGCCCUCCCCCCCGCCCCUCCUCCCGCCGGAGCGAGCGAGCGAGAUGGCGGCCGCUGGGGCUCUGGCGAAGCACGAGCAGAUCCUGGUGCUCGAUCCGCCCACCGACCUCAAAUUCAAAGGUCCCUUUACAGAUGUAGUAACUACAAAUCUUAAACUACGAAAUCCAUCAGAUAGAAAAGUAUGCUUCAAAGUGAAGACCACAGCACCUCGUCGAUACUGCGUGAGGCCAAACAGUGGAAUUAUUGACCCAGGAUCAUCUGUAAUUGUUUCAGUAAUGCUGCAGCCUUUUGACUAUGACCCAAAUGAGAAGAGUAAACACAAGUUUAUGGUACAAACAACCUAUGCACCACCAAAUAUUACAGAUAUGGAGGCAGUGUGGAAAGAAGCGAAACCUGAUGAGUUGAUGGACUCCAAAUUGAGAUGUGUGUUUGAAAUGCCCAACGAAAACGAUAAACUGAAUGAUAUAGAUGCAAGCAAAUCCGCCCCAGUACUGAACACAUCUAAGCAGGAUGGACCGAUGCCAAAACCACAUAGUGUUUCACUUAAUGACACUGAAACAAGGAAGCUCGUGGAGGAGUGCAAAAGACUUCAGGCAGAGAUUAUGAAGCUGACAGAGGAAAAUCGGCACCUGAGAGAUGAAGGCUUGAGGCUCAGAAAGGUAGCGCACUCGGAUAAAUCUGGAUCACCCACAGCUUUGGCUCUCAGAGAUAAUGGCUCUAAUUCUCUUCCUUCACUUCUUGUUGUAAUUGCAGCCAUUUUCAUUGGAUUCUUUCUAGGGAAGUUCAUCUUGUAGAAAGAAUGAGUCAGAGAAGCAUGCAAAACUGCAGCUUCCUUUUUUUUUUCCUUUUGUUUUGUUUUUGUUUAUUUUUGUUUUCUCUUGGCCAGAAAAAAGUUUGUUUACCUACCACAUCAUGGGUAGUAUGGCCCGAGUGGCCGUUCUUGUGUACAGCAUCAUAACAGGCUUUGCCUUUAAUGAUCUCGCACGGUUAGAAAACACAAUCUGAGAAGACAAACUGUUCAGCUGCUGGACAAAAUUGUACAUUCAGUCAUCAAUAGCAGGUAUCAGUUGCACAGUCAGUCCUUUAUGAAAAUUCAUAAAUAAAGAAUUGUUCUUUCUUUCUGUGGUUUUAAUAAGAAUUCAAAAAUUGUUCAGAGUCUUGUAAAUGUUAUUUUAAUAAUCCUUUAAAAUUUUAUCUGUUGCUGUUACCUCUUGACAAAUGAUUUAUUAGAUUGCUAAUCCCACUCAUUCAGGAAUAUGACAAGAGGUAUUCUGGGGGAAAUGGUGCCUCUUACUGUGUAAAUUUUCUCCUUACCUUACUUUGCUAAUAUCAUGGCAGAAUUUCUUUCUUAUUCCUUGUGAGGCAUUGUUGAGAGUUCUUCAUCCUUAACAGUCCUGUCCCAUAAUAUUUAACAUGACAAAAGAAAUAAAAUUGUUAACAGAUUUUUCUGCUGGGUA